AUGUAUUCUAAAAUUGUUGCCGUAAUCUUUGUGCUUGCUUGUGCUCAAGCCCUUCCCAUUGAGCAACACUACCAAGCCACAUCGUUUGCGUCUUUCAACCAACACCACAACACGGUCCAACAUCUCCAUUCAUCCCCGGCUAUACUUAAGGCUGCAGUGGCAGCUGUUCCAGUCGUUCAUGCAGCCCCUGUUCAUGUUGCCCCCGUGGCUAUCAAAACCUUAUCUCCUCAUUCCGCCCAAUCCUACUCUUCACUUUCUCUUGGCCACAGUUCCGCUCCCGUUGCACACUACUCUGCUCCUAUCGCCAUUGCACAACCAGCUAUACACGCAGCACCAGUAUUAGUAAAAUCUGCCCCAAUUGCUGUGCAUCAUGAAGAACAAUACGCACCCGCCAAAUACGAAUUUGCUUAUGGAGUUGAGGACCACCAUACCGGCGACAUCCAUUCCCAAAAGGAAAGACGUGAUGGAGAUUUAACUCAAGGCGAAUACUCCCUUCACGAAGCCGAUGGUACCAUCAGAACUGUCAAGUACACCGUUGACAAACACAGCGGAUUCAACGCCGUAGUGGAAAGGACUGGUCACGCUGUUCAUGCUCAACCUGCUCCUGCUAAGGCUAUAUAUGCCGCCCCUAUCGGGAAAUCAGUUGUUUUGGGAGCAGUUAUUUUACUUGCUUGUGCUCACGCUCAUCCCAUUGAACGACAGUAUCAUCAAGCGACUUCGUUUGCUUCAUUUAAUGAACAUCGUAACACAGUUCACCAUAUCCAUUCAACUCCAGCUAUAUUGAAAACUUCAGCAGCUUUCCCUCUACAUGUUCCUCAAGACAUUGCACCAGUUACCGUAAAAACUUUGGUACCACAGGCAUCUGCUCAGUCGCCUUCUAUCAGUCACGCUGCUGCACCUUUUGCAAAAUUAGUCGCCCCUGUAGCUACUCAUUCCUCAUCAACACUAGUUCAGUCUGGUCAUCAUGAAGAAGAACACGGACCAGCAAAGUAUGAAUUUGAGUACGGAAUUGAAGACCACCAUACCGGCGAUAUCCACUCUCAGAAAGAAAGUCGUGAUGGUGAUUUGAUACGAGGUGAAUAUUCUCUUCAUGAGGCCGAUGGUACCAUAAGAACGGUCAAGUACACUGUGGAUAAACACAGCGGAUUUAAGGCCGUGGUGGAAAGGUCUCGUCAUGCCGUUCAUACUUAA